UGGAGAUGCGGGACUUAGUAUACACUCAGGAGAUGCGGGACUUAGUAUACACUCCCACAGUUCUCUAGAGAUGCACAUUCUAAAAUCGCCUCUUUUGAUGCAUCUUGACGUACUGCACCUACAUACUACUAAACAUUAAUCGCAUCAGGCAUGGAGGAAGCACGCGGCACAGUCGUCCUCGCCUACUCAGGAGGUCUCGACACGUCAUGCAUCCUGGUGUGGCUUCGGGAACAAGGCUUCAGGGUUGUCGCCUUCAUGGCUGACCUUGGCCAGGAGGAGGACUUUGAGAAAGCCAAGGCGAAGGCCACCAAGCUCGGAGCCGUGGAGGUAGUGGUGCAGGAUCUUCGGCGUGAGUUGGUGGAGGAUUUCGUGUGGCCCGCUGUUCGUGCCGGGCUUAUUUAUGAGGGCCGCUACUUGCUGGGCACGGCGCUAGCUCGGCCCUGCAUCACCCGCGCCCUCAUCUCGCAGGCUAAGAGGGUAAAAGCAGGUUACAUAUCCCAUGGAGCUACUGGAAAAGGAAACGACCAGAUACGCUUCGAGCUUGGCUGCUACACACUAAGUACGGAUAUCAAGAUCAUCGCUCCGUGGAAAGAUCCAGCCUUCUACGAGAGAUUCCCGGGGCGACCUGAGUUGUUCCAGUACGCCAAGACUCACGAUAUCCCGCUGCCAGUCACCCCUAAGUCACCCUGGAGCAUGGACGCCAAUCUGGUGCACAUAAGUUAUGAGUCUGGAGUGUUGGAAGACCCUGCUGCUGCCCCUCCUUCCACCAUUUACCAGAUGACCACCAAUCCGGAGCAGGCACCUGACGCCCCGCAACGCCUCACUCUUACCUUCCGCCACGGUCUGCCAGAGAGUGUGACCAUGGACGGGGGAGACAGCAUUACAGACCCGCUGCAGCUGUUCCUCACUUGUAAUCGUGUGGGAGCUGCGCAUGGAGUAGGCCGUGUGGACCUUGUAGAAAACAGAUUCAUUGGGCUCAAGUCUCGAGGUGUGUACGAGACUCCAGGCCUUACCUUGCUACACGCCGCCCACCAGGACCUCGAGGUGUUGUGUCUAGACCGCGAGGUGAGGAAGAUUAAGACGGAGCUCAGCACACGGAUGAGUGAGCAAGUAUACAAUGGGUUCUGGUUCAGCCCUGAGUUCGAGUACACGAGGCGGUGCGUGGAGGCGUCGCAGGAGAUGGUCACUGGUAGUGUGUCCCUCAAGGUGUACAAGGGGAACGUGUAUAUCGAAGGAAGGAGUGCCCCUGUGUCUCUCUACAAUCAAGAGCUAGUGUCUAUGGAUGUGCAAGGUGACUAUGAGCCUACAGAUGCUCGAGGCUUCAUUCGACUCAACGCCCUUCGUCUUCGAGAGCACCAGCGAGUCAAGGCAGCCAUGGGUGAGGGGCAGUAGGGCAAGCCAAGCAGGUGUGAGGCUGUUGUGAAGCUAAAGACCGGCAGUAAGAAAAACAUGAGUGACGUCAAGGUGAAAAUUUAUGUAUUUAAACAGCCACGAACAUGUGAAAAUUAGAUUAUGUGAUUAAAAUAAUCUCAAAAGGAUUCCAAUAACAAUAAACAUUCACUUCAGUAAUGAUGAUUAUGGUGAUUGCAGCAUGAUGACGACGACAACGAUGAUGAUGAUGAUGAUGAUGAUAUCAAUAAUAAUAAUAAUAAUUAUAAUUAAUAAUAAUAAUAAUAAUAAUAAUAAUGUAACGGCAAAAACAAUAAAAAUAUUUAAGUUAAGGGAUAACUACAAGAAACCACCCUGAUACAAUU